AUGGUGACAGGGUACAGGGUGAUUGAUUUGUUCUGUGGAAGCGGUUCAGUGGGCCUCGAAGCCCUGUCGUACGGUGCGACACAUUGUACAUUCGUGGACCUUUCUAUUCAGUGUUGCAAAGCAACAUCCAUUAAUGCGGCACAUUGCAAUUUUGAGGACAAGGUGCGCAUAAUACGUGCUGACGCAAUGGAAUCGCUAUCAUCCCCAUGGUUACACGCUAUCACUGAUAAAUUUGACCUGUUGUUUGCUUGUCCACCUUAUGAGGAGGUAGUAUACAUGGAUCUGAUGAAGGUUGGUCAUUAUGUCUUAUUGCUAAUUAUGUGUCAGCACCUUGCAAAUACGAGCAUCCUGAAUCCUAACGCUAUGGUCGUAGUUGAGUAUCCACGGGAGAUUGAUUAUCUACCUUGGGUAAGCGCCUCUUCCAGAGUUGCAUUUCAACGCUUUUUUCAGAGCAUUGAGGAAGGUAAACUGCUCGGAUAUCGUAAUCGCAAAUACGGCAGAACUGUGGUGGCUAUUUACUGCUAUAAACCUUCUGGAUCGUUGUUGGCAUCCUGCGAGAAAGCCAAGGAUGAAUUCGUUCCUACGACGUACAACAAAAAACGACUGAAAAUCGAAGGCUUCAUUCCUAAGGAAAGCCCAAAGUGA